UAUAUAUAUGUGUGUGUGAUAUUGAGGGAGCUCUGAUCUACCAGAGAAAUAGUAAUAAUUGAGGCCAUGUCAAAAAUUUCUGGUCCUAGUGGUCCAGAAGAGAUAGAAGAGAAGAGAGUAACAAAGGAAGAAAAAAUCAAAUCUGCUAAAACUGAGAUGGGUGAGGUGAAGGAAGAAAAUGAGAGAUUGAAGAUGAUGCUGGAAAGAGUAGAAAAGGACUACCACUCCCUUCAACUCCGUUUCUUUGACAUCCAUCACGAAGAUGUUUCAAAGAAAGGUUUAGCUGAUUCUUCUUCUUGCCAUGAUCAUGAAACUGAAGAGCUUGUGUCACUUUGCCUUGGAAGGAGUCCAAUGGUGCCUAAGAAGGAAGCAAGAAUUGGAAACUCCAACAAACUAAAAGAAGAUGUUGGACCCAACCUUACACUUGGAUUAGACUCCAAACACCUUUUGUCAAUGGAGGUUGUGUCUGAUUUUAGUCCCAUGAACAGCUCCGAACAACCAAAGGAAGCGGAAGAAGAGGUAACAUUGUCAACAAAUCAAUCAGCAAAAGUGAUAAAUGCAAAUGAUGACAUGUCAGAUCAAAUGCCAGCCAAGAGAGCCAGGGUAUCUGUGAGAGCUAGAUGUGAUACUCCCACGAUGAAUGAUGGAUGCCAGUGGAGGAAAUAUGGACAGAAGAUAGCAAAGAGGAAUCCUUGUCCAAGGGCAUACUAUCGUUGCACAGUUGCACCAACUUGCCCAGUCAGGAGGCAGGUGCAAAGGUGUGCUGAGGACUUGUCCAUCUUAAUCACCACAUAUGAAGGAACUCAUAACCACCCUCUUCCAGUUUCAGCCACAGCCAUGGCUUCAACCACUUCAGCUGCUGCUUCCAUGCUGUUGUCAGGUUCUUCAACAUCUCACCACCCAACAAACCACAAUUCUGCAUCUUUUGGAAAUGCUCCUACCACACUACAAAGUGGUCUGAGUUUCAGUCACCAGUUUGAUGAAUCAAGAACCAAACAAGUUUUCUCACCCCCAAACCAUGCUUCACUACACAUGUUCCCAACAAUCACUCUAGACAUGACUUAUUCAGCUUCUAAUUCCUCCUCAUUAACUCAAUUCCAGCAUCGUUUACCUUCAACAAUGGCAUCAAUUUCAAACUUAAAAUUUUCUCCAGCUAGUCUCAGCUGUUCACAAGAUAAUAACUUCAUAACCUCCAUUUGGAGUAAGGGGGGUGACACUACAACACCACCAAUAAUUGACAAAAUCCCCACUAGGCCAGUUAUCAAGGGAAAUCCAUAUUUCCAAGAAAAUUUCUACCAGCAAAGCAUAACAAACCAAACUCCUUUCAAAGAAGCUUUGGCAGAAACAAUAACCAAAGCAAUCAGCACAGACCCGAGUCUUCGUUCAGUAAUAGCUGCUGCAGUUUCAUCAAUAGUGGGGAUUGGAUCAAACAGUGGGAACCAAGAAGGAGCAGAGAAUGUUCUUGGUUCAGGGUUGAACUUAAAACUUGGGGAUCAUCUUCAAUUGGCUUCAUCCAAUCCCUUGAACCAAAAUGGGAAAGGGUGCUUAACAGGCUACUUCAAAAGUUUGUCCUCUAAGAAUUCCGAGGCAGGAAACUUCAUUUUUCUCCAACCACCAUUGCCAUUUUCUUUCUCCAAGAGUGGCACAAAUCAGCUCAACCAUUAUGUUCCAGAAAUGAACACACAUCAUUAGCUUUCUCUUCCUCUUUGACGUGGCUAAGGUUGAAGAUCCUAUUAUUUCAUGUCAAAAUAUAUAGUACCCCACAAAUAAUAGAUUUAGAACAAAAAGAACCGCUAAGCUAGCUAUAAAUUAAUGUUGUCUCCCCCUACAAUCUAGUUAUUCAAUUCCAUUUUUGUAACACUCGAGCAACUGCUCAGUGUCUAUAGAGUAUAGACAAUCUAUUACAGAAAUUACUACAAAAGCCUAGUACUAUAAAUUUGAUGCUUCAGAUUGCUGUAAAAUCAACGGACUAUACAACGCAGUUUGCAAGGCAUACAUGCAUGCCUAUUUUCA